UGGUCUCAGGAUCUCCCUGCGUUUCUCACACGAGUUCAUCGGGCGCGCGGUCGGGCGCACUCCACACUUCUCACGUUUCCCACGACAUUCCCUGAGAAGUUGCGGAGCCAUGUCCGAAGUGCUGCCAUACAACGAGGGAAACAUGAACGGCUACGGCGCGGACAGUGAUGUCGGUCAGAUAUCCUUCAGCUGUCGACUGCAAGACACCAACUCGUUCUUCGGAACCUCGCAGUCCAAAAGGCCACCGAAACUCGGACAAAUUGGCAGGGCGAAACACGUGGUCAUUGAAGAUGACCGAAUAGACGAAGUUCUCGAAGGGAUGACAGACAAGUCAUCUCCAGGCGUGUAAACUUGAACGAUUGCCUCUUUUAAUCACCGAUUUGAAGCACUUGUCGACUGUGCAUGUGAACAGUAAACGAGAAGUGAAGGAGAUGGUACUGUGUGCGAGUGUAGGAUGAAGAGCGAUGGCGAUGCGUUUUGGACCAUGGGUUGACACAGCGAGGUGCUAUGAAGAAGCUGGCCAUUCUCCAACUUGAACACAUACCAAACCGCCGCCGAGAAGAAAGCUUUCCGAGAUGUCUGGUCAUUUUGCCUCUUGUCGUGGGUCCGAGACCGAUUUCAUCACGACUUCACGAAGUCCGGUUUCAUCCGUCACGCUUCUGCUGCGCGUGCAGGGGAGCUGUCCAGUUCAGCACCUGAAGCGCAACUUUGACUGACUCUUGCUCAUUUUAAACCGUAUUUCCAGAGAAAUAAGCUAUAUUCAUAUCUUGCAUGGAAACGGGCCGAUGUAUGUAAUCGAGAGAAGAUUUAUUCAUGGUAUUAUCUUCUUUAUGACCCAUUACAUUAGUACAGACUGAUUAAUGCCCGUAUACAUAUUAGAUUGGAAACUUCAGCCAGCACGAUGCGACGAACACAUGGGGAGAUGAGAAGGCGUUUAACUUCUGUUGGAUUCAUUGCGUCUUUUUUCUAUGACUGUUUUUGUCCGGUCGUGUAUAGAUUCUCUUUGCAUGAACUCGUCUCUUGUGCCAUUGCGGGUGAUUCCACCUCUGGGCAAAACCCUGGCAGGCACGAUUCUUUAUACCGAAAUCAAUAUUUGUAUUUUUUAUAUCUGAAUAUUUGUUACUCAGAACGAUGAUUAAUAGUCUAUCAACACAGGGUAUGUGAAGAUACGCGGGCAUAAAACACUUUCGAGAGAAGGACAGUCUGAAUGUUAUUUCGGGGAGGGGUUCACAAAUAAGCAUGAACACGCUUUUCUUUGCAAUAAGCGAUCACACCUUGGUUGAUAAUUAAGAUACUAAAUACUUUGUGUUAGGAAAAACAAAGUAACACCACUGAAGUUCUCAAGUGUUUAUUUAUUUGUUUUUGUAUUCUGUUAGAAGUAUGGUUUAUUGUGCAUGAAGUCUUAAUGAUUUUCAACAUUAUGAACUAUUUAUGAAGCAAAAUGUACACAAAUGUCUCAACAUUCUAUGACUGAUGUGAUUGAAUAAAUUAAUUCAAAGGA